UUCUCUGCCAACAGAAAAACUCUCAACGAAGAAGAUAAGACUUUAUUCCAAAACUCUUACCUUCUUCAAUCACUCUCCCCCACACGCUCCAAUACUUCUUCUCCGUGCCUUACACGCUCCUUUCAAUACCAAUUUUCAGUACAAAUCACCAACCAAAUUGAUACCAAAAACCAAAAAAUGUCGGCUUAAUUUUUCUGGUUUCAGCUCAGCACCCCCUUCCCCGGCCCCCUUCUUCUCUUCUUUUCUCUCUCUGAGCUUUCAAACAGGUAUUUUGCUCUAAUUCAAGUUUUCAACAUAGAAAGCUGUGUGAAACAAUGUACAAUGGGGGCUAUACUGCUGAAGUUACAAGUUUGUCACCGAAAGCCACAGAGAAUGAUGUUUAUGACUUUUUCUCUCAUUGUGGCACGGUCGAGCACGUAGAAAUCCUCAGAUCAGGCGAUUAUGCAUGUACUGCUUACGUGACCUUUCGAGAUGCUUUUGCUCUGGAAACUGCUAUAUUACUUAGUGGAGCUGAAAUCCUUGAUCAAUGUGUGUUCAUAUCCCGGUGGGGAGCAUACAUAGAUGAAUCAGACAGUUGGAACAGCCCUGCGCAAAUGACCAACGACAAUACAAGCUUAAUGGCGACCAAAAUAAUGCAUUCUGUUCACACACCAGGGGAAGCUGUUACCAUGGCUCAACAAGUCGUAAAAACAAUGCUAUCAAAGGGAUAUGUGUUAACCAAAGAUGCUCUUGUAAAGGCUAAAGCUUUUGAUGACUCUUGUCAAGUCUCAGCUACUGCAGCAGCAAAAGUUUAUGAGCUUAGCAAUAGGAUUGGACUCACUGAGACAAUUAAUUCUGGCAUGGAAACCGUUAAGUACAUCGACGAGAAGUUUCACGUUUCCGAUAUCACUAGAUCCGCUGCAGCAGUAACUGGAACAGCAGCUGUGGUGGCGGUGACUGUGACAGGGAAAGCAGCAAUGGCAGCAGGGAAUGCUGUUAUAAACAGCAGCUACUUUUCUAAGGGCGCACUUUGGGUUUCGGAUAUGUUGAGCCGUGCUGCUAAGGCUGCAGCUGAAGCAGGUAAGAGUAUCAGUAAAUGAAAGAAAAGAAGGGUAAAAAAUUGAGUCAAACCAACAAAAAAAUAACUAUCAUUCUUUAUCCCCAUCAUGAGAAUAUAAAUGUACUCAAGUUUUUUUCUUGUUUUUCACUCAAAAUCAGAACCCUGAUGUGCAUUUUUGUAUGGCUAUGUAUAAGUAAUCAUCACAAUGCACUGUUGUUAACUUGUUUGGAUAAAUAUGAUAGAUACAACGUUCAACAUCUGAACGAUUUGUUCUACUUUUAUAUUA